GUGAGAGAUGAGCGAGAGAGAGAGAGACAGAGACUUGUAUCUGAAAUUGGACAUUGAAAAAUCUCACUGAAAAAAAAAAAAAUACAUACAAACGCACAUGCAUUUCUGCAUACGUCUGACAUGGUCAGGCAUUCAUCCAAUCCAAAUCCUAUUUUCUCCUCAUCCUCACCACAAGGGGCGCUCUCUUUUAUGACUUCCCUGAAGAAAGAAAAACGCUUUUUCUGUUUUGAUGAAUUCUUGAACAAGCCCAUAUAAUCAUAACAAAUAUGAAAAAGCUUGAUUGUUUUCUGCCCUUUUGAUUGAUACCUUUUUCCUUUUCUUUCUUUUCUUUUUGGUGCCUAAAGAAAUAAAGAUUCUUGGAAAAUUCUGAGACCAUGACAAAUAAAGAUGGAAAAACAGAUUCUCAGCAGGACAAAAAUUCAAGGGCACUCCCCACGGCAAUAAUGAUUAUUGUGCUGUGUGGAUUUUCUUUCUACCUUGGUGCCAUUUUCGGUUCUGCAAAUGACAAUUAUCCCACUCGAGAGAUUGCUAAAGCCUUUGGAGCUUCCAAAGAAUCAGUUGCGGGCCCACGCCAAGUCAAAUCCGUAAACUUUACCGAAUGCACCCCGGAUUUUCAAGACUACACUCCUUGCACCGAUCCAAGGAGAUGGAAAAAAUAUAGUAGGCAUCGACUUUCUUUUCUCGAGCGGCAUUGCCCGCCCGUUUUCGAGAGGAAAGAAUGUUUAAUUCCACCGCCUGACGGUUACAAGCUACCCAUCAGAUGGCCUAAAAGCCGUGACGAAUGUUGGUACAGGAAUGUGCCUUAUGAUUGGAUCAACAGACAAAAAUCAAACCAGCACUGGCUGAGGAAAGAAGGGGAGAAGUUUUCUUUCCCUGGUGGUGGGACCAUGUUCCCUAACGGUGUUGCUCGAUAUGUCGAUUUAAUGCAGGAUUUAAUUCCCGAGAUGAAAGAUGGGACUAUACGAACUGCUAUCGACACCGGAUGUGGGGUUGCGAGUUGGGGUGGUGAUCUUCUGGAUCGAGGGAUCUUGACCGUCUCUUUAGCACCGAGAGAUAAUCACGAAGCUCAAGUUCAGUUCGCUUUGGAACGUGGGAUACCUGCUAUGCUCGGCAUUAUCUCGACUCAAAGACUUCCUUUUCCUUCAAAUUCUUUCGACAUGGCACAUUGCUCGAGAUGCCUUAUUCCAUGGAACGAAUACGGUGGCAUUUACCUUCUCGAAAUACACCGAAUCCUUAGGCCCGGAGGCUUCUGGGUUCUCUCCGGGCCCCCGAUAAACUACGAGCGACGCUGGAAAGGAUGGGACACAACAGUCGAGCAGCAAAAAUCGGACUACGAAAAGCUCCAAAAACACUUAACCUCAAUGUGCUUCAAACUCCACAACAAGAAAGGCGACAUCGCCACCUGGCAGAAGCUUCCCGACUCCUCGAGCUGCUACAGUAAGCUCGAUGCACCGGAUAAUUACCCCCCAAAAUGUGAUGACGGGACAGAGCCCGAUUCUGCCUGGUACACUCCCAUGCGGGCCUGUGUUAUUGGGCCCAGCCCAAAAUACAAGAAAAUUGAGUUGAGCUUGCUGCCCAAGUGGCCUGAGAGGCUGAAGGUCGCGCCUGAACGUGUGGCCGAUAUUCGUGGUGGAAGUUCCGGAUCUUUCAAGAAAGAAGACGAAAAAUGGGAAAAACGGGUGAGAGAGUACGUUAAGUGGGUCCCGGCUAUAGAAACUGGCGAGAUAAGGAAUGUGAUGGAUAUGAACACGGUUUGGGGAGGUUUUGCGGCGGGAUUGAUCGAUUAUCCUUUGUGGGUUAUGAAUGUUGUUUCGUCUUAUGCGCAGAAUACACUUGCGGUUGUUUUCGAUAGAGGGCUCAUCGGGACUUAUCAUGAUUGGUGCGAAGCGUUCUCGACGUAUCCUCGGACGUACGAUCUUCUUCAUAUGGAUGGCCUUUUCACUGCUGAAAGUAAUAGGUGUGAAAUGAAAUAUGUCAUGCUGGAAAUGGACCGUAUUUUGAGGCCAGGUGGGUAUGCCAUAAUCCGCGAGUCGAGCUACUUCAUCAACGGUAUAGUAACAAUAACCGAAGGUAUGAGAUGGAAAUGUCGAAAGGAAAACACGAAAAAUGGCGUCGAGCACGAACAAAUAUUGAUUUGCCAGAAGAAAAUGUGGUACUCUUCUAAGCAGAAUUCAACAUGAUAUGAAAGGAAAAAACUACAUUUUUUUUUUUUUAUAAUUUUUUAUUUUAUUUUAUGAUGAUUAGCUUUUUUCUCCUCUGUAACUUAGAAAACAGGAUGUAUUUAUUAUAAAUGUUGAAAACACACAACUUUCCAUUUGAUAGAACUAAGUUCUAUAUAUACUGCUUAACGUGAAAUUUUUUUUGUCUUGUUUUGUGUGGAUGAAAAACAAAUUUGGGCAGACUUUAUGUUUUAACAUAUGUUGUUUAUUAUUUAUUUGAAA